AAAAAAUAAAGGAAAAAUAUUAAGAUCCAGCCCAGGAGGAGCGGUGCGUGUGAGCCAGCUCGGCGACCAUUUAUCAAGUAUAUAAGUGCCCAAUUGAAAGGAUGCACUGGUCCAUAAACACACCGCCCUUGCCUCCAUAUGUUGAGUUGGGUGUCCACUCACUGAGUGGCCUCCUAUGGACGCUUCUGCUCUUGUUCCUGUGGCACUGUUACCGAAUGGGCUCGGACCUCCCCUUAGUGCCUCGCGCACAAAGUGGGAAGGCAGUUUCAAGAAGAUUGGCGAUGUCCAGUAGCGGAAGCUGUGCUGGAAGAAAGUAUAACGAACAGACCAUGGAAACAGAAGAGGACGAGGAGACAGGGCAGGGAUACGUCACGCCGGUGCUGAGCCAUGCCUUGUUCCCAGUUCAGGCAUCCACAGAGGCCAGGAAACUCUACUCAGCCCUGCAAGAAUACGCUAAACGUUACAGCUGGGCGGGAAUGGGCCGAAUACAUAAAGGCCUCCGAGAACAGGUCAGACUGAAUGAUCACUCGACUAUACAAAAGCCACAGCUCUUCUUCCUGCCAGAUGUCCCGAGUGUUCCUUUCUUUCCACGGGAUGCCCACAGGCAUGACAUUGAAGUAUUGGAAGCCAACUAUCACGUCAUCCUGUCGGAGUUCCAGGCCGUGUACCAGAGGGGCGUUGACUUUAAAGUUGGCUGGACUAGUAUGGGGCCUAAGGGCCAGGCUGUGUUUCCACUGUACAGUGCAGGCAUGUGUGUGGCCGCCAACUGCCGCUCCUGUCCCUACACAUACCGCACCCUGCUCUCUCUUCGCACAUUUAUAAGCAGCAACUCAUUGGGAUCUGCCGGAUUCUGGUUGCUGGGGCCCGGUUCUACACGGGGAAGCUCGUACGGACCCACUAAUACAAGGCUGCGUUGUCACCUAGGUCUGCAAACUCCUCCUCUGUGUGAGCUAGUGGUGGGAGGAGAGCCUCAGUGCUGGUCUGAGGGACACUGCCUUUUGUUUGACGACUCAUUCCUACACACAGUCUCGCACAAAGGGCCCCCAGAAGCUGGACCUCGAGUCAUACUCAGUGUGGACCUUUGGCAUCCAAAUGUGGCUGCAGCUGAGAGACAAGCAUUGGACUUCAUGUUCAGUCCUGAUCUCUGAGGCGUGUGACUUGUCAAUCCACCCUGACCUUGGACCUGAUGGUUGCGCAACAUGCAGAGGUGUCUAAUUGGGACCCCUGCACGUUCAUGCAUUUCAACCCAGUCCAUGGAUCAGCUUCGGGAAUCGCUUAAACCAUUUUGCUCACACUGGAGUGGAUGCCCGGUGCAUGACAACAUUGUUAUGGUUGAACUUUUGCCGUACAAGAAAAUGAGUUGUUCUUUCUAUAAAUCAUGACGUUCCAUAAUAUACUCACAAAUGCUGUUUGCAUGUGAAACGUGUCUUGUGUAAUGUUGCUGCCCCAACAACCUGACAUGCUAUGAACGCAUGGCUAACAUACUGUGAAACUAUCAAAUAAAAAUCUAAAUUCUGA